GAGAGCCUUGUGCAGCUUUGUGCUGCACCGCGUCCUCAGAGAUGCAACGUUUGCACGGCAGCAGGCUGUGGGGCAGCUCACGGAUUGCUGGUGACACGCAGAGCUUGCAGCAAUGGCUGUGAGGCUCGGCAGAGCCCUCGAUUUAGCAGCAAGCUUUGGCCAGCCAGAGCCAAAAGAGCCACCGCUGUUCACAGCCGCUAGACACCCUCACGUAGAUCUGAGUGCUGCGCGCGUCGCCCAGGACAGCUCUCGACAGCUCCAACGACAGCGCGCGCGCGUUUCGCCCUCCCGGCCGCGUAUAGCAGUGCUCCCUGCCUGGACCAUAGAAACAUGGUGGGCCCAUUAGAAGCCUCCUGGAAGGCCAUCAUGGACACCCUCGCGCCCGUGACAACCACCGUAUCAAGCGUAGCAGAAAAAGCCGGCGACACCGUCGUCACCGCCGCGCGCACGACGGUCCUCGCGAAGCGGGACGUGGACAAGCAGGGCACGCCGCUCCGCGACGGCAUCAGAGCCGCGCGCGAGUCCUGGAACGCGGCCGUCCGAGCCGCGGACGGCGCCGCGACCAGCGCCGCGCGCGAAACAAACGAGUUCGGAACCCUUGUCAAGGCCCGAACGGCCCCGCUGGCCCCUUUCUACACGGCGGUCCACGACACGUACGUGGCGCGGCCCGAGGCACUGGUGACCGGCGUCGCGCUCGUGCCCUUCGUGGCCACGCUGCCGUUCUCGAAAUCGCUCGCCGUCAAGAACGGCGCGGUCGCCGCGCUCCUCGUGGGCGCCCCCGUUGCGGCCAUGAAGGUCCUGGACUCGGACCGGGACUAG